AAAUACAUAUAUAAAGAUCUCACUGAAAGUAUCCCGAAUCUCUGCCCAAAGUCGUGAAACUGUGCCGCGACAUCUGCGACUAUUCCACGCGAGAGCAACGUCCGAAGAGAUUAAUCGCGUCUGAUUCUCCUUCUGGCGGUGCAGCUGGUUCUCACCAUGUCGACAACCAGUCAGAAGCAUCGCAACUUCGUGGCUGAGCCCAUGGGGGAGAAAGAGGUGACACAGCUGGCAGGCAUUGGCAAUGUCCUAGGAGAAAGAUUAGCAAGUAAAGGCUUUGAUAAGGCCUACGUAGUUCUUGGUCAGUUCCUAGUUUUGAAGAAGAACCGCGACCUGUUCAUCGACUGGUUGAAGGACACAGCUGGUGCCAAUGCCAAGCAGUCUGGAGAUUGCCACCAGUGCCUAUCUGACUGGUGUGAGGAGUUCUUGUAAACUACUGGAAUACUAUUGCAGUCACUUUAUAGCUCUCUCUUUGGGCUUGAGUUAAUUUCAUUCCAUAGCCAGAUAAAUGGACAAAAAAUUUGACUUUGUUUUAAAAUACAUUUUAUUGAUCACAAACAAACAAAUGGGAAAAUAUGAUUUUAGCAUCUUUUGUGAAAUUGGUUUUGCUCUGAAUUCAGAGAAAAAGUUCUAUCCUGAGUUUUGCUUCAUGUGUUGUAUGUUUAGGUGUUUGUAAUGUUCUUCUUUGAGAUUGUACAACUAUAUAAACAUUGUGCUACUAUAAGUAACUUCUUGAUAGUGUCCUUUUCUUAGUUUUCACCACAAACAGAUAGAUUAAUUUAUUUCUUAAUGUAUGUUAAUAAAAUUUUUGGUUUUGUGUUGCUAGUGUUCCUGUGUUUAUCUAUAACAAGAACUUAAUAUUGUGCAGAUGUAAGUGAACUGUGUAGAAUCAUUUAUUCAGGUUGCUAAACUUAAAAUUGCCUUGUAGAAAACAAAAGGUAAUAGGGCAGCUUAUAUUUUUUAUUGACUUGAAAAUACAGAGCCACAAUAACAAGUACUGUUUCUGAUAAAGGUAACAAUUUUAUAACUUUUAUUGACAUGAAACCUUUGUUGAUAUGAAAUAAAAUGCAUUUUUUAUAAA